UAAAACGUGCACAACAGAGCUAUACCACCACUUCUACCAGCUGAGCUCCCCAUCCUUUCCAGCAGUGCAAACUCAACAGCACCAUGAGUCUGAGGAGCAAGCGGAAGAGCCUGCUGAACUCACCUUCAGGGCGAUUCAGCACUAGUUCCAUGGGAUCCAACUCCAUCCGCCAAAUCAGCACCGCUACCGAUAUCAAACCAGUAACAAUCGACAGGAGCCUGCUUGCCCCACUAAACUUAGAAGUUGAUCCCACCGUCCAAACUAUACGCACCAUGGAGAAAAAUCAGCUGAUGACUCUUAACAACAAGUUUGCAUCCUACAUCGAAAAGGUCAGACAGCUGGAGCAGCAGAACAAAGUGCUGGAAACCAAGUGGAAGCUCCUGAAUCAGCAAAGCGCCCCCUCCUCUGAUGAUGCGGAGUCCAUUAUUAAGACGUUCAUUUCCAACCUGGAAAAACAGCUGGAACUUUGCAGACACGAUAAAGUGAGGCUUGAAAAUGAGUGCACAGCCAUGGUCGAGACUGUGGAAGACUACAAGACUAAUAUUCCCACAAUGAGGUAAGCAUAUCUGAUAUGGAAGAGCGAGGGGAAGAGGCUGUAAUAGAUGCAAAAAGCCGCAUUAAGGACCUUGAGGCGGCUCUGAGGCAGGACAAGCAUAACAUGGCCAAGCAGCUCAGAGACUACCAAGACCUCAUGAAUGUCAAGCUGACCCUGGAUAUCGAGAUCUCCACCUACAGGAAACUCCUGGAGGGAGAGGAAGAAAGACUUGGUAAAGACUCUGUUAUCAGCAUCCAAACAGUGCCCAACAAAACAGCUGUUGCCAGUAACGACUGUGUUGAUGGCACUGAAAGAGUGUUCAGUGUCCAAACAGUGCCCAACCGAACUGUGCCCGUUACCAUGCAGAGACAAAGGUCAGGUCCUGUUCUCAUCAAGACAGUGGAGACCAUGGACACGACAUACACCGAAGGCAAAUAAAACGCAGCAGUGCGCUGAACUGACCGAUUGCUACUUAAAACUACCCUUAAAUUAAUCUGUUUUCAAACUGCUGUAACCUCACUGUAUCAAAAGGCCAUGUGUAUCUGUGUCUCUGUUUUUCGUUUCCUUGUGAUUCUGUCACAUUAAAUUACAAAUUGUACUCAGCAACUGUAAGACGUUUGUUAGUUUGCUCUAUAGAUGUUCCUAAUAACUAUUAAAAACUAUUCUUUUUAUUGUUA